CAAAGUUUGACCGGCUCCUCGAUCACUCACUUCUUCUCCCGCUUCAUGUUUGUCUGUUGACCGAAACAACAAAGCAGCGAUCAGGAGCGAGCGGAGGACAGAGGAGACGCAGAGAGGAGUCUGAACUCCAGGAGAAGGAGAGGACCUGAGAGUGUGUUUUCUCUCUUCAGUCUCUGCUGGAGGAGAAACUCAUGAGACAAAGAGUAAAUCUACUCCUGCAGCUCCUCACUGCCUGAAGGACUGACUGUGCUCCAUCCUGCAGAAGGCUCAGGAGGAACAGCAUGGACUGAACCUCUCGGAUCUGCUCUCUCUCUCUCGCUCUCUCUCUCUCUUUCUCUCUCUCUUUCUCUGUCUCUUUUCUUCUUCUCGUGUUUGGAAUCAAACUAAACAACACAUGAGUGGGGUUGACGGGACGCGCGGGUUUCACACAGCCAAUCCUCUGGGAUUAUAAUAACGAGGACGAUGGAUAACUUCUUCACGGAGGGUGACCGUGUGUGGCUACGGGAGGAGGAGCAGUACCUCCCCAGCACCGUGUCCUCGUGCUCUGGAGGGGUCGUCGUCUUCGCCACAGACUUCGGACAGGUGUACACCUACAAGCAGAAUGCCCUCACCCGACAGAAGGUGCAGCCCAUGCACCACAGCAGCAUCAGAGGGGUGGAGGACAUGGCGACGCUCGAGGACCUCCACGACGGCGCCAUCAUGCACAACCUCUUCCUGCGCUACCAGCAGAGACACAUCUAUACGUACAUCGGCUCCAUCCUGGCGGCGGUGAACCCUUACCAGCUCCUCCCGGGCCUGUACGACCGGCAGGCCGUGGAGCAGUACAGCCGACACCACCUCGGCGAAAUCUCCCCGCACAUCUUUGCCGUCGCCAACGAGUGUUACCGCUCGCUGUGGAAGAGGCUGCAGAACCAGUGUGUCCUCAUCAGCGGAGAGAGCGGCGCCGGGAAAACAGAAAGCACAAAGCUGAUCCUGAAGUUCCUGUCGGCCAUGAGCCAGCACUCCCUGGAGGUGUCGUCCAGAGACAGGACGUCGCACGUGGAGGAGGCGCUGCUGGAGAGCAGUCCCAUCAUGGAGGCCUUUGGAAACGCCAAGACCGUCUACAACAACAACUCCAGUCGCUUCGGGAAGUUCGUCCAGCUGCAUUUCAGUCAGAAGGGAAACAUCCAGGGAGGCAGGAUCGUCGACUACCUCUUAGAGAAGAAUCGAGUCGUCCGGCAGAACCCAGGAGAGAGAAACUAUCACAUCUUCUACGCCCUGUUGGCGGGAACCAACAACCAGCAGAGAGAGGCGUUUGGGUUGACCCAGCCUGACAGCUACCACUACCUGAGACAGUCCAGCUGCACCGCAGACAAGACAAUCAACGACAACAGCACCUUUCACGAUGUUCUGAAUGCCAUGCGAACGAUGCAGUUCACAGAGGAGAACAUCGGGGAGAUCCUGCGCCUCCUCGCUGGGGUCCUGCACACGGGGAACAUCGAGUUCAUGACAGCCGGAGGAGCUCAAGUAUCCUCCAAAUCAGCUGCCCUCAGUCGGACGUCGGACCUCCUCGGGCUGAACUCAGAUCAGCUGGCCGAGGUCCUGACUCAUCGCUCCAUGAUCCUCAGGGGGGAGGAGAUCUCCACGCCGCUCACAGUGGAACAGGCCAUCGACUCCAGAGACUCCAUGGCCAUGGCACUUUACUCCCAGUGUUUCAACUGGAUCACCCGCAAGCUCAACAACCGCAUCAGAGGGAAAGAAGACUUCAAAUCCAUCUGCAUCCUGGACAUCUUUGGAUUUGAGAACUUCGAGGUCAACCGCUUCGAGCAGUUCAACAUCAACUAUGCAAACGAGAAGCUUCAGGAAUAUUUUAACAAGCACAUCUUCUCCCUGGAGCAACUUGAAUACAACAAGGAAGGUCUUGUUUGGGUCGACAUCAACUGGAUGGACAACGGCGAGUGUCUGGAUCUGAUCGAGAAGAAACUGGGCCUCCUGGCACUGAUGAACGAGGAGAGUCACUUCCCCAAAGCCACAGACGACACCUUACUGGAGAAACUUCACAGCCAGCACUCAAAAAACUCUUUCUAUGUGAAACCACGUGUGGCUGUGCACUACUUUGGAGUCAGGCACUAUGCAGGAGAGGUGGUGUACGACGUGAGGGGGAUGUUGGAGAAGAACAGAGACACUUUCAGGGACGACAUCCUCAACCUGCUGAGGGAGAGCAGGUUGGACUUUGUCUACGAUCUGUUUGAGCACGUAUUGAGCCGCAACAAACAGGACACUCUGAGGAGCACCUCCAAGCACAGACGGCCCACGGUCAGCUCCCAGUUCAAGGAUUCUUUGCACUCCCUGAUGGCCACACUCAGCACUUCUAACCCCUUUUUCAUUCGAUGCAUCAAACCAAAUACACACAAG